AUGGAGGAAACGGUGGAGGUCGUCGAGAAACGAAUUAAAUAUUAUUGUAGAACUGAGUUGAAAUUGUACUACACUCCUGGCAACCCGCCAUGCAGAUCCGUUUUGUUGACUGCCAAAGCUUUGGGUUUGGAAUUUAAUUUGAUACCUAUGGAUCUCUUCAAAAAAGAUCAAAUGAAACCAGAAUUUAUCAAGCUAAAUCCUCAACACACUUUACCUACACUGGUUCACGAUGAUUUUGUUUUAUGGGAGAGCCGUGCAAUCAUGGUGUACUUGGUUGAAAUGUACGGGAAAGACGAUAAUACACUGUUCCCCAAGGACACGAAAAAGCGAGCGCUGAUCAACCAAAGACUGCAGUAUGACUUGGGCACCUUGUACCAGACUUUUAUCGACCAAUACUACAUGUGGUUUUUUGAUGAUGUAAAAAAAACAGACGAAAAAGAGAUGAGACUCCACGAAGCACUCGGCUUUUUGGAAACCUUUCUGAAAUCUUCCGAUUGGGUUGCAGGCGAUUCAAUGACUUUGGCCGAUAUAUCUUUGGUAGCUUCUAUUUCAACCUUUGAGAUUUUUGAUGUUGAUUUGAAUAGAUACGAAAAAGUCUCUAAAUGGCUUCAAAGGUGCAAGACAAAAAUUGUGGGAUACGAAGAUAUCAAUCAAGUUGGAAUAGAUCGAUUCAAAGCCUUGGUAGACAAAAAAUUAGCAAACACAAGUGCACAAAAGGAACUAGUUACCAAGGAUGAAGUAUUAACAGCGAUUGAAGUACUAAGAAAAGCUGUAACAGCUAAGAUCAUAGAUGAAGAAUUCUCUGAAUCAAUAAAGAAAAUAGGUACAGCCGUGUCGGUUAAUUAGUCAUUUAAAAUAAUUGUAAUAACAUCUA